UCUGGAGCUCUCCUCUAAUGGCGAAAUUACCUGGGAUAUUUUCGUUACCAAUAGUUGUUUACAUGGAGAUUCUUGUGUGGACGGCUUUGUCCUCUCUUGCCCUUUAUUGCACUGUCCAAUGUGCCAUUCAGGUUUUCGAAUUUCCUCCUCACUUUGCACAACUCGUCUAUUUCAUGCAUUGGACCACCUGUAUAACAGUUCUCAUCUGUGGGCCUCUUAGGUUUUCACCAUUUAGAGGGAGACACUGGCUCUUGAAACCACUGGUGAGAGGGUUUAAAAUGAUAGGGGUGGGAGUAUUGUUCUGUCUUCUUGGACAUAGUCUUGUCAAUGGGAUGGCUAUAGUCACCCUUGGCCUCUUUUCCACAUACGGUCUCUGUAUGUCCCAGAUGGUUUCAGCCGGUGAAGUAUUUGAUUUCAUCCAUCCUACCCUGGAGUCUGGACUACAUAUAAGUUUGAAGCAUCUUGACCUAGUCGCUACCAUAAUAUACUCAUUUUAUUGCGUCCUUAUUCUAAUAGUUCAGGAGUAUUUGGCUUAUGUGCGGCGAACGGGAGGUUUUGGCGGACGAGGUGGUGGGCAUGACGAUGACGAUGACGAUGACGAUGACAGACGCGGCCGUCUUCGUCGUCGUCACGGCGGUCGUGUUCGUAAGGAUGAACAGGACGAACACAUUAACCGAUCUGAUGAUACUCGAGUUCAAGUAGUAGUAGAUGCUAUUCCGUUUGUUGAGAAGGUUGCUGCAUCGACCUCUGCAGAUAUGCCGUUUAUAGAAAAGCGCAAAAAUAUCACUGAUGUUUCAAUGAAAGGAGUUGAUGAAGGAUACAGCAAGGGGAAGGCAAGAGCUGUUGCUGUAGCGGAGAAGAUAAAAAAGUCCAAGAAAAAGCAAAUUCUCCCUCUGGAGGGAACACACGAGAAACGACUCCAAUCUUCAUUAAUCCAACUGAACAACAAAUGGAGCUUAUUAGAGAGAGUUGAUGAAGAUGGAAACCUCAAGCAGAAGGCAACAACUGUUGCUCCAGUGAGGAAGAGACAGAUUCACCCGGUGGAGGUGCCAAGGUUGAUGGACACCUCGGUGUGGUAGAAGUCUUGGGCUCACACCACUGCAAGGAGAGUCAAUCCUCCUAAACUGAACUGAACUUUAUUGUAUAUAUAUAUUAUAUUUUAGGUUUUAUAAUAUCACUUCAAUUGCUCUUCCUGAUUUUAGAUGUGUUUUUGCCCUAAUUGCUGAAAUUAGGCCAAAAGGGCAUAACAAAUACUUAGAGUUAUUUUGAUCCUGAGUAGCUACAAUAUGUUUUUUUUACCAUUGGCAUUGGGGGGUGGUUAUUAAUCCACCAAGUUUCUUUCAGCCAUAUUAUGUGGUGGUGUUUGAUUCAUUGGUAGUUUACUUGUAUGCUUGUUGGUUAUUUGUUUUGAGUAUGGUGAUGUUUGGG